AUGAUUGGUCGUUUAAAUCAAAUCAAGGUGACAAUCAUAUAUCCCGCUACUGAGAGGCAUAUUGUGAAAUUUUCCACCCAAAAAAGAUAUUUGGUGGAAGAAACUGCCCAAGAUUAUCAAACCGUGACAUUGCCUCAUAUACAAAAGGAGUAGCUAAGCUUAGAGUGGCUUUACAAUAUACUAGAGCAUCGGAAAGAGAAGGAUCGCAUAGUUUUUGAGGAUCCGUCAGAGGAAAUUGGCUUCAUAUUGUUGCCGGAUUUAGAAUAGUAUUGUAAAACAUUGGAACAACUUUAUCUACUCGCUUUAGUGCGCCAGCGAGGUAUCAAGUCAUUGCGGGAUCUAAACGCUACUCAUUUACCAUUGCUGAAAAAUAUUCAAACACGUGGCAUUUAAGCAAUUAUAACACGUUACGGAAUUAACGCUGAUCAACUACGAAUCUACAUUCACUAUCAACCCACAUUUUACCACCUACACGUGCAUUUCACAUAUCUGAAGCACGACCCACCGGGUAUUUAUUGCGAGAAAAGUCACCUUCUAACAUCGGUUGUUGAGAAUAUCGAACUGCUACCAGACUAUUACCGGAAAGUGACACUCUCUUGCGUUUUAAGUGGAACUGAUAAAUUGAACGUCAAAUUUGAGGCAGCAAAGAGCGAAUUGAAUGAACCAGAUAACACCACAACCAACCGAUGA